AUGGCUGGAUCUGGAGGAGGGGAACUCAGGGCACCAAUCUUCAAUGGUGAAAAUUUUGAUUUCCGACAAAUCAAAAUGAAAACCAUUUUCCAUUCGCACGAGCUGUGGGCUCUUAUGGAGAAUGGGUACAAAACUCCGACAAAAGAGGAGGAGAAGCUCACGGAGGAAGAGAGGAAUCUGAUGCGUGAGAACGUGGUGAAGGAUGCUAGAGCUUUGGGUAUUAUCCAAGGGGCUGUAUCAGACCAAAUUUUUCCAAGAAUAGCAACUCAUGAAACUGCAAAGGCUGCGUGGGAUAUUCUAAAACAAGAAUUUCUUGGAGAUAAGCAGGUAAGAUCAGUGAAACUUCAGGGUCUGAGGCGUGAUUUUGAAUAUACUCGGAUGAAUGAUAAUGAAUCUCUGUCUGGAUAUAUUGCUAAGUUGUUUGAUUUGAUCAACCAAAUGAAGAGCUAUGAUGAGGAUCUGAGCAAUCAACGAAUUGUUCAGAAACUACUCAUUAGUCUGCCUAAGUUCUAUGAUAGUAUUGCAGUUGUGAUAGAGAAUACAAAAGAUCUAGACACUAUUGAUGCUCAGGAUGUAGUUGCCAUUCUAAAAGGAUAUGAGCAGAGGCUUGAUAGGCACGGUGACAAUAGUGUAAAGAAAGCAUUUGCUAGCUUAAACGUUGGAUCGCAGUCAGCUCGAUCUAAUGGUCACACCAAUAAUAUUGGGAAUAAAUGCAAAUUCUGUGAUAAAUUUCACUAUGGAGAGUGUUGGCUUAAGAAUAAGGUCAAGUGUCACAAGUGUAACAAAAUUGGGCACAUUGCAAGGUACUGCCAUACAAACAAGGCUGUGCAACAGAUGAACUUUGCUAAUCAAGUUGAAGAAACUGAAAAUUUAUUUUAUGCUAAUCACUCUGGAGAGGACGGAAGAAGAAUAUGUGAUGAGUGGUAUAUUGACAAUGGUUGUAGCAACCACAUGACAUCAAGGGCCGAUUUGCUUAUAGAUAUUGAUAGAAGGGUGAAAGCCAAGGUUCAAGUAGGCACUGGUGCUUUGGUUGAUGUGGCAGGAAAGGGGACUUUGGUUAUUGAUACAAUGAAAGGAAGAAAGUGUAUUAAGGAAGUUAUGCUAGUACCCGGUCUUACAGAGAAUCUGCUCAGUGGGGCAGAUGACUGA